UUUAAAAUGAUGAAAAUAUUAGCUGGAUCUCACCAUGAAAAAAAAACUCACAACCCACUUUAACCUAUUUUGAUGUGGUUCUGGGUCUGGUGACAUUCUCCCCCCUUCUGUUGACAGUGUGUUUCAUGAUCCUAAACUGAAAUAUUACUACCAAAAUCUUGAAGUGGUUAGGUGUUACUACUCAACAGGGCAGAGCAGUGUCCCACCACAGGGUUUGUGUGGAUUCUGUUGAAAGCAGCAGUGGCAGCAGAGAGACUUUCUGAGCCAGCUGGGAUAGACCUGAGCUGGGGAGGCAGAGAGGAGGAAGAAACUGCGUGGCUGGAGGAGGAAAAAUGAAUAACCCAGGGCAGUGUGGAAAAGAGAGCCCCCGUUGGUCUGGCGUGCGUCUUGGAACAUUCUCCUGAUAUGUGGAAACAGACUAAUGCUGUAGCUCGCGAGCUGAUGGGAACACAAGACGGCAGGUGAUUUCUGCCCUCCGUGCCAAGAUUAAUCAGAACAACAGGCUGCUGAUGGCAAAGCAGUUUUUGGCCUCAUGUCACCCUGAAUUCCAGCAAGUACAGGCCAGUGGGUUUGUCUGUGUGCUCUGUCAUGUCUGCACUACUACAGCGGGAGCGAAUGACCCAGUGCCAGAGAUAACACAGGAGACGGUGGGACUCUAGAUAAGAGAGGAAUUCCUCAACACUCUGCACUGCCGCCAACCUCUACCAAGGAUCUUCAUAUGCACAUCCUUGACUUUGCUUUCAGUUUCUCUUUUUAUACGUCCUGCAUGUGCAUAUAUAUUCUUGCAGUGCCAUAAUGUGCUGUGUGUGAUAGUAGAGCAUCGUUACUCAGUGGCAAAAGUAGAACAAUAACUAAAAUACUUGGCUCAAAUAGAACUGCUGAUGCCUUAAAUUUGACUGUGUUAUAAUAUAAGACACUUCUAUAGAUUAUUCAGGUAAAAGUAAAAGUGCCGCCUCACCUAAUCACAAAAAGGCUGACAUAAAAGUACAGACUUUAUAAACUACUCCGAACCGGAGGUUGGAGAGUACUUCACAGGCUACUGAAGUAUUUUAACUACAGUAAUUGCAAUGUUACUUUUUGCAUCUGUCUUGAAGAGUGAAAGAAUUAUGCUUUGUAUAUUUUAGUAUAACAACAUCAUUUAUAUACACUAAAUAACCUGUAUUUAUUCAUCAGAAUACCACACAGACAUGACAGUUUUAUCAUGUCAGGAAUGGCAGGAACAAGUGUUGGAAGAUGGAAAAUCCUAACUGGCCGAGUGGAGCGAUGGAUUACAUUAUUAGCAGUUUGGCUCGGGCUGGUCGAUGUGCAUUCCUGCAAAAGGGACUCAACCGGCAAAGCACCAAGGAAAGAUACUGUAUAGAAACGGGAAGAAGACUGAGGAAAGGGGAGAGAAAGGGAGAGAGAGGGAAAAAUAUACAUCCAGAAAUAGCAUCAGCCACAUUUAACUGACAGAGAGUGACAGAGUGGAGAACCUGAGACCUGGACAGAAAAUGCCUAUCCUUUCUAACUUAACAGCCGUUGUUUUGUUGCUGAUUGCACACUGCGGAUCAUGGACCGGGGCAAACCGCUUGGGCCCCUUCAAGGUCUGUCCCUCCUGCAGGGAUCCACUGGGGGCAGGUCGGCCCCCCAGGGACCAUAAUGUUGCCGGCAGCACGUCAGUGUUGGCCCAGGGAGAGCCCUGUGGUGUGUACACCCUGAGCUGUGCCAAGGGGCUCCGCUGUGUUCCCCCAGCAAGGGAGCACAGCCCCCUCCAGGCUCUGUUGCAGGGAAGGGGCAUUUGCGCCAAGCACAGCAGGACUAGUCCCACUGAGAGGCCCCACCCCACAGGUCCCCAUCCCUCACACAGUGGUGACAUUGAAAGAGCACCCUGCCGCAAGCUGCUCAAUAGUGUCCUGAGGAGUCUGGAGAUGACAAUCUUCCAGUCUGACCGUGACAUCUAUAUACCCAACUGUGACACCCGUGGCUUCUACAGGAAAAAGCAGUGCCGCUCCUCCAAGGGCAUGCAGCGUGGCCACUGCUGGUGCGUGGACGAGCUCGGCACGCCCGUGCCCUCACGUGCCAGCGAAGAUGGCACUUUACCGUGCGAUGAGGAGUGAGGGAUGAUUCUGUCCUAUUGCUCUGAGCCUGGAGGAAGAGGAGAAGUUGGAGGAGGAGGAGGAGGAGGUGGUGGUGGAGGAGCAGGAGCACAGGGAGAGGGGGUGGCUUUAGCAUGUGCUAGACACUGCCUGGACAGGAGGUAGCAGGGAUAAACCACUUCCUAUGGAAAAUACACACAAGUUAACGUUCAUGUCCUCUCUAGAAGCAAGACACACACACUCUCACAGUCCAGCAGCAGCAACAAUAACAUCUGCCUGAAUGUUCAACAGUUGCAGCAACGUCCUCUGCGUCGUCUGGUGACAUGCUGCAUGCUCACAUUAAUGCUCCGUGAACUGCCUCAGUGAUCCAAGCGGUAUUACUCCGAAUGAUCUCUAUAUUCCCUGGCUCUUGUCCUGGCUUUCUGGUAGAUUUUUAUUUUCCUUUUAACUUUAGGAUAGCUGACACUGCCUGUGUUUGUUCUGAUCUCAGUGGGCUGAAAUACUGUUACGCAGGUGAUGUGACACAAAUGUUUAAAAAAUGUGUCUCCCUCACCGUCCUCUCUCCCUCUCUCCAAAGAUACACUGAUAUCAACAUACCUAAUUGACAGAAUAUUUCUUUUCUAUUAAUUUAUUUUUGAGUCUGUAUUUCCAUCAAGUACUGCUUGAAUCUUACAGUAUCUUAUAUAUGUGUCAAGUCAGAAAAAAUAGUCAUACGAAUAUGAUCCUGGAUGCUUCUGUUCAUUUUAUUUGUCAAAAUGGUGUUCUGACUGCUUAUUAGUUGAUUGUUUGUACAUAUGUUGGAAUUUUGUGGUCGACUGUUUGUUCUGAAGUGGCAGACAAAAGCUUACGGCUGUUACCCUUUUCAAAAAGUUGUAAGGCAUAUUUUUAUACACGUCAAUAUAAUAUUUUAUAUAUGAAUUGUUGGUUUAUUUAAUGAACUACAGUACAAUGCCAUGUAUUUUUAUAUUGUCAGCAGUUUUCUUAUUUAAAGACAGAGAUUAUUUUAUUUCAUGUUAGGGGAGUGUUGUGCUUUAAAGGCACCUUUAUGGCAAAACUCAUCACAUUCAUCAGAGCUCUAUUCAACUGCUGCACAUCUUUAUGGUUAUAUCUCAUGUUUUUAUUUCCUUUUUAUUUAUGCUUUGUUUAUUUGAAAAUUGAGAAUGUCCAUGUUACUAUUAUGUUUUAUUUUGGCACAUCAUACUACAAAUUCUGAUUUCAAUAGAGGAAAAAAAAUGAUCAAAUUUGUUACUGUUAUAGUAUGUCUUUCCCAAGUCCUUGCAAAAGUCAUGAAAUUGUGUGCUAUUAAAUUGUGAUUAGAAUUUAUCUAUUUCUGAACAAUCUUGUGCCAAUGUGUGUGCCGUGAUGAUAGGUCCGUGCACAAAGGACCUGUAAGAUUUGCAAAUAUGAAAAUAAAACAUAAUGAUAAUAAAAAUGGAGAAGAAUUAAACAUAUAUUAAUAUAA